AGGAACAGCUGUCUUUCCACCAUAGUAUUUUUUUAUAAUUUCAUUUAAUUUAUAUGUGCAAUAAAAUUGUAUGUAUUUUGUGAAGUGGCUAUCGCACAAUUUGCUAAAGUUCAUUGUUGAACGCACUACCGGCUCAUAUUAACGCCUAGCUCUAAAGUCAACCAGCAAAAAUGUCACAACGUUCGAUUUUCCUACUUUCCUCCUCCCGUGUUCAUGGCCAUGAGUUUUUGGAGCACGCAAAGGAACAAUUAAUUGAUUUUCUAUCAAAACGCAAUGUAAAAACGGUGCUCUUCAUACCAUACGCCCAAAAGGAUCACAAUAAAUAUACGGAACUUGUUGACAAGACACUCUCACCCUGGGGUUAUCAAGUUGAAGGUUUGCACACUAAGCCGAAUCCCAUACAGGCUGUGCUACAAGCAGAUGCUAUCUUCAUUGGUGGUGGCAAUACGUUUGUACUACUGAAAGCGCUCUACGAUCAAAAUUUAAUCCCUAUAAUUCGCGAACGUGUGCUGCAAAAAGGUGUGCCCUAUGUAGGUUCGAGUGCUGGCACAAAUGUGGCAACGCGUUCUAUACAUACAACAAAUGAUAUGCCAGUGGCUUUUCCGCCAACAUAUGAUGCCUUACGUCUGGUGCCGUUCAACAUUAAUCCUCAUUACUUGGAUCCAGAUGCAUCGACACUUCACAAAGGCGAGACGCGUGAUGAACGUAUAAAUGAAUUUAUAGAUUACCACCAAUUACCGGUUUUGGGUUUGCGCGAAGGCACAGCAUUGUUGGUGGAGGGCGAUAAGGCCACUCUAGUAGGAGAUCGUAAUGCGAAGUUGUUUUUGCCAAAUAAACUGCCUAUCGAUUUCGCGCCAAAAGCUGACCUCAGUUUUUUACUAAAUAAAUCUUGAUAAAGUGAAACAUUUACUACAAAAGGCGCUGAUUAAUCGCGGGUAAAAUUUUUAAAAUUGAAAAUUAUGAACAAUAGUUAAACUGUUGCUUGAAAUUUUAAAAAUUAAAAAGCAUUUAGUAAAUUGUACGAAGUUACACACACACACAAAUGCAUAUAUAUAUGCUGCUUAAUAUGGUUAUUAUGACUGUUAUUCUUGUGUAAGCUUUUAUAAAUAAAUAUACAGUAUCGGUCAUAUCUAUAGCACGCCAUUUCAAGGUGAUAUUGUGUGCCACUUA